CACCCAAGUCGAUUGUCGCCGUCAUCAUUCUCCUCGACGCCUCAUCGCUGCCAUGCCCACGACAAUGGGCCUGCUCCGCGCGAGUCACACGCUCCGCCACGCCCUUCGCGCCGCGCUCACCACGCACGUGCCAGGAACCCUCGAUGGGCGGCGGCCCCGCCGUCCCCCGGCCUGCCGCGCUGCCACGUUGCCGCUCCCAGGUCCCGUAUCCGGACGACCGAGCUUCAACCGUCGCUGCGUGUCUUUGUCGAGCGCGUGUCUCUUAACGGAGCCGGCCCAGCGGCGGCGUGGGAGUGGCGUCACUACUACCCUUCGCCUUGGCCGCUCGGCGACUUGCAUCAUCACGUCGCACUUUCGAUCUUUCCUCGCUGUCGCCACAGCCCAAGCCAUCCUCAUGGUCGCCUACCUCUACUCCCAGGACGCCGCCGAGCUGCCGACAUACCCGACGUCGGCCGACAUCGUGAUUGUCGGCGCCGGCCUCGCCGGUAUGUCGGCGGCGCUCGAGGCCAUUGCGCUCCGCCCCGACACGCACAUUGUGCUCCUCGAGAAGGAGGACCGCCUCGGCGGCAACUCGGCGAAAGCCUCGUCCGGCAUCAACGCGGCGCGCGACGAAGACGACGUGGCGCUGUACACGGACGACACGGUGCGCUCGGGCGGCGGCUUCUCCAACGUCGAGCUCGUCACCAAGCUCUCGACGGCGAGCUUGGACGGCCUCGAGUUCCUCAAGGCCAAGGGCGUCGACCUCUCGGUGCUCUGCCAGCUCGGCGGCCAUAGCGCCGAGCGCACGCGCCGCAACCAAUCGGGCCCGAACGUUGGCACGCACAUCAUCCUCGCGCUCAAGAAGGCCAUCGAGGCCAUCGACUCGAUCGACGUCAUCAACCAUGCCCACGUCACGGCGCUCGCCAAGGACGAUGACACGCACGCCGUCACGGGCGUCACGUUCACGGUCACGCCCGAGACCAGCUUUACGAUCGCGACACGCCGCGUCAUCCUCGCGACCGGCGGCUACUCGGCCAACCCGACGCUCCUCAAGCAGCUCGCGCCCGGCAUGGAGGAGUUUGCGACCACGAACGGUGCAUGGGCGACCGGCGACGGCCUCGCGCUCGCGACCGACCUCGGCGCUGCGCUCAUCCACACGGACAAGGUCCAGCUGCACCCGACGGGCUUCAUCGACCCCAAGGACCGCACGAAGCGCACCCGCUUCUUGGCGCCGGAAGCGCUCCGUGGCGCCGGUGGUCUCCUCUUCAACACGGACGGUCGCCGCUUCGUGAACGAGCUCGCGACGCGCAAGGUCGUCUCGGAGGCGAUCCUCGAGCAGCCGCAUAAGCGGUCGUUCUUGGUGCUGCCCAUCACCGAGGCGGUCACGGCCGCCACGGGUGCGCUUGGCCUCUUCUUCUACCAAAAGAUCGGCCUCGUCUCGCACAUGACGAGCCUCGGAGACCUCGCGUCGCACAUGGGCGUCGAAGAGAGCGUGCUCUACGGCGAGCUGGAGCACUACGUCGCGGCCGCCGCCACGCUUGGCCCCGAUGCCUUUGGCAAGACCGUCUUCCCGAACGCGCCGAGCGAGGUGCCGACGGACAACUACGUGCUCGAGAUUGAGCCUGUCGUGCAUUACUGCAUGGGCGGUGUGCAGAUCAACGAGGACACGCAGGUCGUGACGCCCGAAGGCAACGUCGUUGAAGGUCUCUUCGCGGCCGGCGAAGUCUCGGGCGGCCUGCAUGGCCAGAACCGCCUCGGUGGCAACUCGCUCGCCGAGUGCGUCGUGUUUGGCCGCGUCGCGGGCCAGGCUGCGCUCAAGGGCUUGUGA